UAGUUUUGGUCACACCGACAAACAGCUGUUUUCUCUACUGCGAAGCGCUUGUGUUCCAAAUUUUACGUAAUUCGUAUUUGGAAGCCGAUAUUGUGACCAAUACAGUCCGCCUAGCGAAAUGUCGGCCCUCCGCCUAGUGAUGUGCAGAAGCACCGCCUCUCUGCAGCUGUACCAGGCCAACAAACUGGCCGCCGCCCGCUGGGCAUCUGCUUCCUCGCUGGACAGCGGUCCACUGGACCCCAAAACCGCCCUGGCCCGCCAGGAGGAGCUGGAUCAGCGCAACAAACUCAGCAGCAAGAUCACCGUGCCCACGGCCGUCAAUCUCGGACCGAUUUCCGGCGUGCCCGAGGAGCACCUGAAGGAGCGACGCGUACGCAUCCAUAUUCCGCCCAAGAACGCCAUGCAGAGUGGCACGGACAACAUCAACACCUGGCAGAUCGAGUUCGAUAACCGCGAUCGCUGGGAGAACCCUCUCAUGGGCUGGGCCUCCAGCGGCGACCCACUGUCCAACAUGAACGUGCAGUUUGGGUCCCCAGAGGAGGCCAUCACCUACUGCGAGCGCAACGGCUGGCGCUGGUACGUCGACGGUAGCGCAAAGCCCAAGAAGGAGCGCGUCAAGAACUACGGCGUCAACUUUUCCUGGAACAAGCGCACGCGCGUCUCCACCAAGUAGGCUCAUUCGAGAGCUGGCCAGGAUCAUAGACAACUAUUCAAUUUUUUUUUUGCUUUGUUCAUUAUCUGAAUACCCAAAUAAACAGUCGGCUGGACUAGGAUGAAAUCUAA